AUGCACAGAACUAGGCUGAGCCUGGACGGUCUUGCCAUGAGCCCGGAGAAGGUAGCGAAGCUACGACGGUGGAUUCUGAGCCUUGUGACCGUCAACUUCGACCUGGAUGUCGGACCGAAGAUCACUAGCAUGUAUCCUCCUUUGGGCCUCACUCAUGCUGAGGCGCAGAAUAUUGCUUUUUCGUCCUUCCCAGACUCCGCUCACUUUGAAGAGGGUUCGCAGACGCAUUCAUUCCGCAUGCGUCUUCGAAGUCAUGUAGACGGAGAACCUCGGGAAUCGGACGCUCCUCGACCCACCACUUUGGACGGGUUCAUAUACGGAUUCUCCUGUUUCACGCGAACCAAGGAUGCUUCGUCAAAACGAGGGUACCAACAGACAUCAAUUGUAGUUCUAUCACAUCUCGCAUACCCAAACCUCUUCUAUACCCUAAUUUCCAAGCUUGCACCAUCAUUCAUGACUCACGGCGGUCCUAUGCUGGAGGCGGCAUGCCACAACAUAUCCAACUGGUCAGAUCCUCUUCCUGGAACUACUUCUGAACUGGGGUUCCUUGGCACCGUCCUUCAUGUCGAGCUACCAGAGGCCAUCGAGACGCAACAAUCGAUGUCAGCCAUUACACCAGCUCGUUUGAACGAAACAGAUCUACAGAUUCUGGCGUCCAUAUGCCCUUCGGAUCUUCCUAUGAUCAACCACUUCGAAGCCGUAGUGUCGCAUUUGUGGUCCAUAUGGGAAUGUGUGGUUCUCAGCGAGCCCAUGUUGAUAUUCAGCCCAUCACCAGCCAUGUCAAGUGCAGCGGUGUGGUGGCUACGAGAUCUUAUUCGCCCGAUACCGCUCUCUGGAGACUUCCGGCCGUUUUUCACAAUACACGACGCCGACCAUAUUGCCCUGGUGAAUCCCCGGACACCGCCCUCCGGAUUAUUGAUCGGUGUCACAAAUCCAUUCUUCGAGAGAGCAUGCAAGCACUGGCCAAAUAUUCUUAGCCUUGGCCGCGCUCUGCCCCAGCCCGCUCUGAAGAACGGAUCCGCGUCGCCGGGAAUCGUGGUUGGCCCCGCACCCGGCUGGAAAUCCACACAUAAACGAUACACAUCGCGAGACCAUGCUGUGCUCAAGCAAUUGGAACAGGCAUGUCGAGGUUCCGAACCAGCUCGACGUGCGGCGUCGGAGGCAAUGCGUCAACACUUCACUGCGCGGACGAACGCCCUCUUGGUUCCUUUGCAAAGAUACCUCCAGACACUCAUUCCCACCCCGAGCGAGUCACGCUCCAAUCUGAGCGCAGCCGCACGACUGAAGCCAUUCCAAGAUGCUGCCUUUUUCGCUUCGCUCAAAGCCCAUGGUUCGCCUCUACCUUUCAAGAGUAAUACGAAGCAGCGUGAAUUCUACGAGCGAUGGCUUCGUACCCCUGCUUUCGGGGUGUGGCUCGCGAGACAGGAAGAGGUCGUACAAGGCGUAUUGCAAAGUAUGUCGUAA